ACACCGCCUUGCGACUAAAUAUAGUACCAACUUAACGCAACGAGUUAACGAACUCAUUCUGUUAUUGUUCCGUGAUCGAUGAUCAUUCGUUGAAGUUCGUUGAAUGUUGAACUGUGCUUGUGAUAAUAUUUGUUCUUCUGGAGGCCUAUUCUGUAACUUUUAACAAAUGCGUUAUAACUGUAACGCAUGCGUUAGUCGUCGUAUCGUCGACGAAUUCAUGGUUAACAAAUGAAUUAUAGUUAUAACGCAUGCGUUAAAAGUUACAGAAUAAGUCUGCUGGAUCGAUUGCUAUUCUAAUAAAGAAGUCAUCACCAACAAAAUGAGUGAAAGUCCACCGGAAAGUAGGAAUCGUCGUAGAAAUACGAACAAGCAAAUAAUUAAUGAAUUAGUUAGGCAAUGUAGGAAUCAAAGAAAAUUGGACGAUUUAAGAAAUCGAAUUACUACUGUCUACAAGACAGAGGCUUCAUCCGAUGAAGAGGUUUCAUCCGAUGAAGAGGUUUCAUCCAAUGAAAAGGUUUCAUCCGAUGAAGAGAAUAAUGAAAUGCUGCCCAUUCCAGGGAUUGAAGAUAUUUCUUUAUUAGAAACAAAUUCUGAAGUAUCAACAGAAUCUGAUGCAUCUAUCGAUCAACUUGAAAAUGAAAAUAUGGAUGAUAACAAUAAUUAUAAUAAUGACAAUGACAGUGAAUUACAUUUUGAAGAUGAGAAUAAUGACAGCGAAAGAAGUGUUGAAAUUAAUGAUGCUAACAGAUAUAGUAACGAUGAAGAAAAUGAUGAUUUAAUGAUUGAAUUUGAAAAUGACGAACAGAGAGGACGCUAUGUUUUAAAAACAUUGAGGGAGUGGGCCCUUGAAGGAGGUGUGUUAUCUAUGAAGAAGUUAAAUGAUUUACUUCGUAGAUUGAGAGUAUUGUUUCCCAUCUUACCUAAAAGCUACAAAACCGUUAGGUGAUAAUGAAAAAAUUGUAGCAUCAAGACUUAUGACCAAAUUGAUGACUAAUUCCUUAGCGAAACAAUUCAACUUUGAUGGUCAUAAUCCUCAAAAGGCUAAAGUUAAUAAAAGGCCAUUUAAGAAACUGAAACUAUGGGAAUUAUUUCAAGGAGUUAUGCUAUUAAAAUUUCCUACCAGUGAUUUGGAAGAUGCCUUAAAUGCAGUCAGAAAUUGGCUACGAAACGCUGCUGGGCGUAAGCAAUAAAAUGUGCAAUUUCAUUUUUUUUAUUUUUAACAGAAUCUAAUGUAUAAGAAAAGCAGAGGUAAAAAGUGCUCGCAUACGAGAAUAUUGCGUUGUGAUAUCUUAUUAUUCUUAGACGACUCUUUACAAGGUCUUUUUCUCGAUACAAAUUAGCACGGGGGAGGUUUCCCAUUAAAAGGGAAGAGGUCAUUUAAUAUUCGUCAUAAAAUGCAAUUAAUUAUUUUUUUUCUUGAAUGUGAAAUAUGAUCUCUAUUCAUGUGCAAUUUGCGAAGUCUUAUGUCAUUUUUAUUUUGUUAUUGUAUUUUUGAUAUUGCUGCUUUAUUUUGAAUAUUAUUUGUCUUAUUUUUAUUUAUGUAACUGAUAAGACAUUGUCAGGUUUAAAUUUGAUUUGAAUUAUUACAUAUAAAAGUUUUUAGUUGAAGUAUGUAUAUGUAGAAUAUA